AGUGUCAAAACUAUAGAGUUUGAUACAGUUGGUUUCAGAAUAAGAUUUUUUUCUUGGUCUCUUGCUUUAAUUAAUCCUCAUUUACGAUGAUUUUGGAAUUUAUUUAAAUCACUCGAGAUGAACAUUUGAUUUACAUUGUAAGCAAAGGAGUGAAAACAAAAAGAAUGCUACUUGGAAAGAUUGUUCUAUUAAAUGUGCCAAUUUAUAAACAAAUACCUUUUGACGUCUGUGAGACAUUUUACAAAUUUUGAAUCUAAGUAACCCUUUACCAUAUAAAAAAUAUGUCAGAAUCUCACCUGGAGAGAAUUUCUAAAUAGAUGAAUGAUCAGUCUAAUAAUGAGAUACAUGGGAGUGUCUCGUAAUAAUGAAGUCGAUAUACAGAGCAUUUUGCUUAUGCCUUACGUUCGUGACUCUUUUAAUUUUAUUGAGAAUUUACGACAUUCGUACGAGGCCAAGCACAACGUUCUCGAAAUCGACUAUCGUUUUCGAAAGAAAAAUUCCCGAGGAAGUUGUAAUAUGUGUUGUUGCCUGUGGAGAUCGCUUAGAAGAAUCAUUGACAAUGAUGAAAUCUGCCUUAAUCUUUUCAAAACGAUCGCUUCGUUUCAUUGUUAUUUCCGACAAUAAUUUGAUACAAGCAUUCUCAGAGAAAUUGUCCGAUUGGAAAGAAUUUUAUAAUAAAACAUUUACAUUUGUCGUUAGACCUGUUGAAUUUCCCGUUGGGGAUAAUGUUAUGUGGAGAAAACUAUUUAAACCAUGUGCUGCUCAACGUCUCUUUCUUCCAACUUUGCUCAAUGACACGGAUUCCGUUCUCUACAUGGACACAGACACGUUAUUUCUCUCGCCACCGGAAUUAGUUUGGGACGAAUUUCAAAAUAUGAAUUCAAGUCAAUUGGCCGCAUUGAGUCCAGAACAUGAGGAUCCAAAUGUCGGCUGGUACAAUCGAUUUGCGAAGCAUCCAUUUUAUGGGAAACUCGGCGUCAAUUCGGGCGUAAUGCUAAUGAAUUUGACGCGGAUGAGAAAUUUUCGUUGGACUGAAUAUGUUGUGCCAAUAUUUAAACAAUAUCAAUUGAAAAUCACUUGGGGCGAUCAGGAUAUAAUUAACAUUAUAUUUCACUAUCAUCCGGAAAAAUUGUACGUCUAUUCUUGUCGUUAUAAUUACAGACCAGAUCAUUGUAUGUACAUGUCGGUUUGUAAUGAGGUGGAAAAAAAGGGAGCAUUGGUGUUACAUGGCUCGAGAGGUAUGUUCCAUUCACAAAGACAACCAUCAUUUAAAGCUGCUUUUAAAGCAAUUCAAGAAUAUCAACUCAACACCGAUCCGUACGAAAAUUUUCUCCUACCCAUGAAAAAUUAUCUAUCACUCGAAGACACUUCGAAUUGCGGUAAAGUUUUAGGCGCAUUUCUCGUUCAACCCGAAAUGCAUUUACAUUCUUCGAUGGGAAUUGAUUUUCAAAUGACAGAAAACGAAUGAUAGAAAAUGAUUAUAGAAAAUGAUAGAACGAAUCAUAGAAAACAAAUAAUAGAAAUUUUCUAAUACGAUUUUCUACUUAUAGAUUUGUCUAUAAAAGAUGAGGGUAAGGGUAAAGUUUUUAUUUUUUGAUUCAAGAAUGAGAAAUAUUUCUCAACAUUUAGAAUUUAUUUUCUUUUGAGAACCAGGAGAACUUAUAAUUACCAAACGAUAUUAUUAAAGUCAGUGAAAAAUGCUGAUUUUUGAGAAUUAAAAAUUUGAUUAUUCGUUUAUUAAAAUCGUAUAGGUGCUAGAGCUUUCUUUUGUACUUAUAGUAUUAUGUUUGACAUGUUUGUAUAUAAAUUGAUAUAUUUUAUUUUUUAAUGUAGCAAAGUGAAUUCAUUUUGUAUUGUGACUGUGAUUUUCAUCAUCUUUUAUAGUAACACUAUUAUAUAAAAAAAAUUAGAAAUAAUACACUCGGAAUAGUGUAAAAUAUUGGUGCCAAGAAGACUUCUAAAGUCUCGAAAACAAAAAAAUUCUUUAUCACAAAUCAUUAUAUAUUGUGAAGAAAAAAAAAUUGUUAAUUAUACUACUUUGCCGAAUUUGUAAUUUGUAUUGCAAAUAUUGUUUUUGUAUUAAAAUAUGUUUACUCAA